UAUGAUAUCAGUAUAUCAGCACCUAUCCACGUAUAUAUCCCGUAGACUGAAGUAAGUACGUAUCAGAAUUUUAAAACGAAAAAAUGUUCAUGCUAGUCAAUGAAAGUUUCAACGUUAUUUGAUUAAAAAAAAAAAAAAAGAAAAAAAGAAAAAAAUAAGAGUGAAUCCGUGCGUUAUAUAUACAAAAAAUUAUCUCACGAUGAAUAAAAGAGUCUAUUGAUAUUUUUAUAUCGAAGCAUUGUAAUACACGAUAAAUUCAUAUUUUUAUUGACUAUUUUCUUUCUUUUAUCUUAUUCAACGUUUAAAAAUAUAAUUGAAAAGAAUUGUUGUUUGACAGAACUGAAGAUUUUAGAACUGAAUUUUUAAAAUAAAAUUUUAAGUAGGUAAUAAAUAUAUCAUAAACGUGUUCUAUAAAAAAAUCAGAAACAUUAUAGCAAUUAAUAUUUUUUGAAGAUAUGAAGAAAACGAUAGAUAUAUAUUUUAUAUGAAAGUAUAGAAUAUAAAAAUGAUAAAUAGAAGGACAAUUUUAAUAAUAAGAGGGUUAGUUGAUUACGUGAUUCUGAAGUUAUUCAGUUAUAAAACAUGAAAAUAGUGAUGUAUACAAUAAUCGUAUAAAAAUAACUAUUACAAACUCUAUUAAUUCUCGAUUCACCAUGUGAAAGACAAUAGUGCAAUAAUACUUUACCAGUGAAUAACUUUAUUACCAUCAUAAGAAUAGAUUACGCAUCAUUUCAUCGCUAUAAUAAUCAUCGAAAUAUUGCCGAGGAAUGAUGAUAGUGUUCUGUCACAGGUAAUGCUAUACGUAAUAUCUAAAUAUAAAAUCAAGAUUUGAAAUUUAUAUUAUUUUAUAUUACUCAUUAUUUAUUAAAUAAAUUGUGCAAAUAUAAAUAUCAUAAUGACAAAUAGUUCAAAAUGUUUAGGAUAUCAUAAUAAUAUAAAUAAAGAAUAUUUAACAGAUGGAAAUGAUAGCCAUCAUGCUCCAUCAGAUCAUACAAUAUCUGAAUAUGUUGUAUCUGCUGAUCAUAUUGCAAUGGUAAAAUCAAUGAAAAAAAAUCAUCCAGAAAAAGAAGAAGGAAGACAUUCACAAAAUAUACAUAACAGCCGUGGUUCAAUAUUAUCAGGAUCUUCAAGACACAGUCUUCAUCCUCUUAGAAAAAGUACUUCACAUAGUAGCAUAUAUGACAAUGGCUCAGAUAUAUAUGUUACAAGUGCUGCAUAUAGAGCAACUUCAGAUAUAAGCCAUAUAUCGCAUCACAGUCUAACACCAAGUUCAAGAUUAGGACAUCGUGCACCUAGUCAUUAUAGUUAUGGUUCUACAAAAUCUCACACAUCCAGAAAAGAUGGUAUUAUUAUAGAAACUAUGUCAACACCCAAUCCUUUUUGUCCAAAUACUAAAGGAAUUUGCUGUCUCAUGUUACUUCUUAAUCUUGGUUUGAUUCUUGUUACAUUAGGUUUUGUUAUAGUCAUUCAAUUUUUUCAACCAUUGAUAGUUUGGAUUUUGGGAAUAGUAUUUCUUGUAUUUGGAUUCUUAACAUUAAUAGGAAGUCUUAUAUAUUGUGUACAUGUAUUUCGAAAUGCAAAACAUCCACAUGAUAUUAAUCCAGAAGAUUUUUAUUGGACAAAAUAUUGGCAAGGACAUGUAGGAUCCACACCUGAAGUAUAUUAUAAAGCAGAAGAUAAAUAUCAUGAUGAUGAAUAUAGUGAUCGUUUAAGCAAAUAUUCAUGUAAAUAUUAUGAUAAACAAAGAUAUUGAAAACAAUAUAUAUAUAUAUAUAUAUAUAUAUAUAAUGUAAAUGUGUUUAUAUAAUACUGUAUACAUAAUUCAUAUGAAUUUCAAAACAAAGAAUGUAUAUUUUAUAUAUAUAUAUAUUAUAUUAACAUAUUGAAAAUUUAGUUAUAUGUAUAGAAUAGUAAUUAUUAUUUAUUUUAUAUACACAUUAUAAAUUUAUAUGAUUUAUAUCAUUAUUUUAAAAACCAUAUUUUUAAAAUCAUAUCCCAGCAAUUUUUUAUUCCGCACAAAAUAAUAAAAAUAAAAAAAAUGUAAAUUAAAUUAAAUUAUUACAUAUUUAAUUCAUAAUAAUUUAUUUGUAACAUAUAUAAAUUAUACAACUUCUACAUAUAUAAAUUAUACUUUUACCAAUA